GAUAUUUUCAACCAAUUCUUGGAUAUGUGCAUAUCUAAUUAAUAAUUAGUGUUUUGCACAUGAUCUACUAAAACUAAUUUAAUCGGAAUGGUUCUUAUUCCAAUAUAUACAAAAGAUUACUCAAUCUAAUUAAAAUUAUAUCUAUCAUUGCUCCCGUUUUAUUGAUAUGUCGCAUGGUAGAUCUAAAGGAAUCCGAUUUGAAGCUCGUUUAAAUGACCCGAGGUCACGAACUUUUUGAACUUUACGACAACCAAUCAAAAACGCCGUUUCGUACGAAGUUCGUUGUGGAAGUAAAAAUGGAGGACGUUGAUAAAAUCGAAGCGGUAGAAAAAGAAGUUUGCAAAUUAUUCAAUGUGGAAGCGCUCAAAGCCGAACAGAAGGAAAUUUUACAAUGUUUAUUGUCAAAACAAGAUUGCAUGGCGGUGUUGCCGACUGGAUACGGGAAAUCGCUUCCUUAUCAGAUGUAUUUGCCCUUGAUACGUCAAUUGACUGAAACAAAUUUAUGUCAUGGGCUGCCUUUUCAAGCCAAAUUCGAUGUGAAUGAGAAGAUUAUAGUGUGCUGUCCACUUGUCUCAUUAAUGGCAGACCAAGUGCAACGUCUUACUGACAUUCCAAAUUUGAAGGCUGCAUUUAAAGGAAAUUCCCAAGAAGGUGACGAUAUGAUAAGAAAAGGUGAAAUAGAUAUCAUAUUUGCAUCACCAGAAACACUUGUUGGAGACCCAUUUUGGAGAUCUCAGUUGCAGGAACUGUCCGUUGGUGUCAUUGUGAUUGAUGAGUUCCACACGAUUACGACCUGGGGCGGAGAUGACGAAACAGAAGAGCAAGAUGCUUUCCGUAAAUGGUUUAGAUAUGUUGGUGAAUUAAGAGCUAUUUUUCCGCAUGCGUCAGUACUAGCCUUAAGUGCAACCUGUACGAACAAAAUUAAGAAGCAAGUUUCCAAGAUUCUUAACUUGAAGCAAGGACUUUCUAAAUUCAUAUCAGUCUCUCCAAAUAAGACCAAUAUCAAAUUGGUAGUGAAAAAAAUUGACAAUGCCAUUGAAACUGCCAUGUAUUGGCUGAUUGAUUCUUUAGAGAAUAUGAAAAUGAACUUUCCAAAAACACUUAUACUCAGUUCAUGA